CCACAGGGGCUCUGUUUCUAUGGCCUGGAGGGACAGGUCAGGAUUGUCUCCAGGGCACAGAAGAAGGUGAUGCGAGUUUCCCAUGGUCACAUCACAAGACUGCAUUAGAAGCCAGACCCUCUGACUGUCCAGGUCCUCCUCACCAGCCCAGGAGGAGUCUCUGGAACAGAAGCCAUGUUGCUGUGCUCUUUGGCCCUCACCUUCACCUUGCUGAUGGUUUCUGGCAUGGAGUACAAUGUGAAGGAUGUCUGUAUUGGCAGCCCCGGCAUCCCUGGCACUCCUGGAUCCCAUGGCUUGCCAGGCAGAGAUGGGAGAGACGGCGUCAAAGGAGACCCCGGGCCUCCAGGCCCCAGGGGACCCCCUGGAGGAAUGCCAGGCUACUCCGGGCCUGAGGGGGUGAUUGGAUCCCUGGGUGUUGCUGGAGAGCGUGGAGAAAAGGGGGAGCCUGGUGAGAGGGGCCCUCCAGGGCUUCCAGCUUCUUUAGAUGAGGAGCUCCAAACCACACUCUACAAGUUCAGACGUCAAGUCCUGCAGGCCAUGGGAGUCCUCAGCUUACGGGAGUCCAUGCUGGUCGUGGGAGAGAAGGUCUUCUCCAGCAACGGGCGGUCAGUUAAGUUUGAGGACAUUCAAGAGUUAUGUGCCAGAGCAGGUGGCCGCAUUGCUGCCCCGACGAGCCCGGAAGAGAAUGAAGCCAUUGCAAGCAUCGUGAAGAAGUACAACACUUACGCCUACCUGGGCCUGAUGGAGAGCCCCGACUCGGCGGGCCUCCUCUACAUGGAUGGGUCCCCUGUGAACUACACCAACUGGUACCCUGGGGAGCCCAGGGGGUGGGGCAAGGACAAGUGUGUGGAGAUGUACACAGAUGGGCAGUGGAAUGACAAAAAUUGCUUGCAGUACCGGCUGGCCAUCUGUGAGUUCUGAGCAGGCCCCUGGGCCGCCCGAUAGAUAGGGCCCUGCCUUGGCCAGCCUCCCGCAGGAGGAUGUGCCUGAGCUCUGACACGCUUCAGCUCCUUCCCGACAAAAUGUAUUUGUGGCCCUUAGAGCAUUCUUAGCCCCUCCGCUCCCUGGACAGGCUCCAAAUCCUCACCCGCAUCAGGAAUCAGGAAUCAGUCUGACACGCCCCACCACCCCCAGCCCCUUCUCAGCCCCGCACUCCAGGCGCCACUCCUAACUUUGCCUUUGGGCAAGAGUCGGAGACUUCUUUCUUCCUCCUCUUGUCUGGUUCCUUCGUUGCUAGAUGGCAGCAGUGAGGUCCUGGGUUGGAAGUUCCCUCCAAAAUCACACAGCAGGUGCCGGCUUCCCGGCCCCCCUCCCCCCUCACUCUGCAGACCACCUGCUGCCCAGCCUCAGCAAGAUUUGGCGGUUCUGGUCAAGCACAAUGAUAGAAGAGGGGGACCUCUGGGGAAUUCCACAUGUGUGGAGCUAAGGACCCAUUUGGGGUUAUCUGGCAGCCCGGAGCCUCUGAGGGCACAUCUGGUCGGUGUCUCCGUGAGGUCAGAGGGCCGGGUGGUGCCUCAGCAUAUUGUGGAGGCCAACCUAACCCUAAUAGUUGCCUUGAGUCUUGGGUUGCCUCUCAACUUCCUGACCAAAAAGCAGCCAGUCUCUACACCCCUAGGGAAGAUCUCACCCCCGACCCAGACAUAAUCCAAGUAACUCCGGCUGAUGGACGUGUCUGCACCUCUUUUUGGAUCUCAGUGAGGUGUUCACACCCCUCACCACACCAUUGGCAGUUGAUCGAUCACAUAAAUAGCAUAUGUGCCAAGUCUAUGUACGCAGAACCUUGCCAAGCACUUCUAAAACAUCUUAUGGAAUAUGAUUUAAUCUUUACACAAUGCCAUGGGCCCAGCCUGAUUUUCCCCCAUUUUCAUAUGAGGACACAAACUUAGAGAAGUUAAAUGUUUUGAAUUGUAUUACUUGGAGCAAAAGUGGAAGAGGCUUAUUCAAACCUAUCUACCUGGACCUGAAGCUCAUGCUCAUAACGACCUUGCCUCUUACUGGACAGAGGUGACUGAAGUGUAAUAAAUCAUGACUGCGUUAA